UUGGGGUUUUAUCUCUGGGCGCGUGAAGGGUCGCUGCCCCUUUGGGUCGAGCGCAGACAGCACGGAGGAUGAAGAACGCGAGGGAAAUUCAGAUGUGGGGCAGGGGUCCAGUUGACAUCAGGCAAUGUAAUUCAGAGAUUAUUGCGCCAGGAGGCAUUUAGCGGAGUAGAAUUGUGAGUGUAAGAUUACAAGGUGCCGAAGCGAAUCCCGCAAUGGCGAAACCAGCAGUGGAGGCAGCCGAAGACUUAAAGUCACUGCACUGGGAUUUGCGAUCCAAGGUGGGAGACUGGGACCCCAAGUGCAAAAACGCAGGGCCGUGUCGAGUGGCGGGAUGUGGCGCCCGCCCAAUGCAGUCGCCGCUUACCUCUGAUUUGUCCCUUCGGCUGAGCACUUGGGAUUCGGAGCUUACGGAAGCAUGCCCCCAGCUCGCUGGAGAGUGCGGAGGAACGUGGAUUGCGUCGGGCGCAACAGGAGGCCCCGUCGGUCGAGGCCCCAUCUUCGCCUUGGAUUUGGCACCAUGUGAUGACGUUGGGUCUCCGCCGUCCCCGACCUCGCCCAAGGUUCGGAUCGUUCCCAGCGUCUCGAAGAAACUUGUAUUGGCAUACCGGAACAAGGAAUCCCUCGUGGAAGAAAUUAUUGAUCUGAAGAGGGCUGUGCAAGACCAGCAGAUGCACAUCCAGCAUCACAAGAUCCAAGCUUCCAUUAUUGAGAUGGAGAACAGGAAAAUGAUAAGGGAUAUUGAAGACAUGGAGAAACCCAACUGCCAUUCCAAAGCCACAAAACCUCAAGGAACAGUGAAACUACGUGCUAGAAUUCAAGGUUUGAAAAAUAAAAUCGCACAACUACAAAAUAAGGCAGAGCAGCAAAGCGAAGAGAUUCACAAGCUUCGAACUGAUGCCCGUGUGUCGCAUACUAAAGAAAUAGAGUUCGAGCGUGAUGUUUUCGCGGGUGAGAUCACAAGAUUAACCUCACUUGUGAAGCGACUCAAGCAACUAGUUAAUUAUGCUGCGACCUUGGAGGAUAGGGAUCAGAUAGGGCCCAUGACCUUCAGGGUCAAAGAAUUAGAAGAUGAAAGCAUCAAGCUUGAGGAGGACAAUGCAAAACUGGAAAAGGAAAUGGCUAAAACAGCGCAUACUCUGAAAUGGGCUCGUAUCAAAGCCAACGACGAUACGAUGGAGGCGAGAAGUGCUGAAAAGAAGUGCAGGGAUUUGGAGCACGCCAAUGUGAGGAUGGCAGCAGCAAUUGAGAAGACUAAAAAGAGCAACAAUCAACUUUCGAGUCAUUUAAAGACCACACAGAAGACGCUGAAAAAAUUAAAGGGCAGCUUCUUCUGAAGUCCCGCUGAAGUUUUGCUUUUCUAUCACGAGCUUUGCAAGGGGAGAUGGGCCCCCCAUUCUGCAUCCAUCAGAGUCCUGAUUUUACUUCGAAGCGUAGAGGCUUGAGUGUAAAUAAUUGAUCGCGGAGCCAUUGGUUAGAAAAACGCUGAUGCUCAAUGUAAGUAUUGCCCAAUUACAGUGACCUUGAAUAGGCAGGUUGUAAAAUACAGGAAAAUAACCUUCACAAGUUCACAAAUAGCUCUUCAGAAAUGAGAGUGCACUCUGUCAUGAAGAGAUGCUCCUCUCAAUUGUGACGCAGUGUCUUCAUGGCGGAUAGUCUACACCGGUAAACUUCAAACAUUGACUUUUGGUAGAGUUUAUUCAUUUUGCCAUCAGUUGAUAGGACUGAGUGAAAAAGGUAACAUUAAAACAUAGGUGUUCGUCGGCCUGUAAAAGGGUAAAACACUUCACUGAUCUCCCGAGCUUGUCUGUGUCAUUAGAAAGUUCAUCGAUCAUGCUCCAGAUGUCUAGAUUGUAGCGGAUUAAGCAUGAAACAGGGGCAUUUUUUGGUGAGAAA